AUGAGGUUCUCAAGAGAAGGGCUCCUCGUGGCCCUCUCCACGAGCACCGUCCAAGCCGUAAACAACGGAUUGGCACGAACACCUCAAAUGGGAUGGAACAACUGGAACACCUUCGCCUGCUCCGUCUCCUCCGCCCUCCUCACCAGCACCGCCCAGCUCCUGACGGAAUACGGCCUCCAGGACCUCGGCUACAAGUACGUCGUGCUCGACGACUGCUGGUCCGCCGGCCGCGACGAAGCAGACGGCAGGCUCGUGGCGGACGAGGCCAAGUUCCCCGGCGGCAUGAAGCCGCUGGCGGAUGCGCUGCAUGAAAAGGGGUUUCUGUUUGGCAUGUAUUCGAGCGCGGGGGAGAUGACUUGUGCGCGAUACGCCGGCUCGCUCGACCACGAAGAGGCAGACGCGGCGAGCUUCGCCUCCUGGGGCGUCGACUACCUCAAGUACGACAACUGCUACCACAUGGGCCGCUUCGGCACGCCCCUCAUCUCGUUUGACCGCUUCAACGCCAUGGCCAAGGCGCUCAAGAAGACGGGGCGCGCUAUAUUAUACAGCCUAUGCAGCUGGGGCGAGGAUUACGUCCAUACGUGGGGAGGCUCCAUUGCCAACUCGUGGCGCGUCUCAGGCGACAUCUACGACUCGUUUGCCCGCCCCGACGACCUCUGCUCGUGCACCGACGCCGCAGACCCGGCAUGCAUCGCCCCGGGAACGCACUGCUCCGUCCUGGCCAUCAUCAACAAGGUCGCGCCGUACAUUGACCGCGGGCUGCCGGGCGGCUGGAACGAUCUCGACAUGCUCGAGGUUGGCCACGGCGGCAUGACGGAAGAAGAGUACAAAGCCCACUUCUCCAUGUGGGCGGCCCUCAAGUCCCCCCUCCUCCUCGGCAACGACCUCCGCAUCAUGACUCCCUCCACCCUAACAAUCAUCACCAACCCGGCCAUCAUCGCCCUCAACCAAGACCCCCGCGGCCGCGCCGUCCAGCGCAUCAGCCGCAACACCUCCGUCCCCAAGGACCGCUACGGCGUCGGCGAGACGCACGUCUGGAGCGGACCCCUCGCCAACGGGGACCAAGUCGUCAUCUUCCUCAACGCCGCCGACGCAGACCUCGACAUGUCCGCUUCUCUCGAGGACAUCUUCAUCAUGGAUGGCGUCGGGGGCACGGCGGCGCAGGUGAGGCAGGACUGGGCGGUGCAUGAUCUCUGGGGCAAAGGCGCGAGGAUGGAGACGGAGGAUGCGAGGCGGGUGCUUGAUGCCGAGGGGCAGGAGGCGAGGAGGGCGGUGCUCAAGCGGUUGGGUUGGUAUAAUGCUACUGAGGUGCCGUAUGCGGAGGGGUUGAGGAGGAGGGAUCCGAGGCUGUUUGGGGAGAAGAUUGGGGUUGUUGAGAAAGGGGGGGAUUUGAGUGUACGGGUGCCGAGGCAUGCGGCCAAGGUGUUUCGGCUGCAGAGCGUGAGCGGGGAGGAUACCGCGAGGAAGAGCCUCGUCAGGGAUGAGCUCUGA